GGCUGCUGAAUCCCGGUGGCCGCUCUCAGGUUUUUCUCUGAUGCACGAGAUGAAAUCGAGUGCUGAUUGUGAGAUGAUUUCAUUCGCGACAACUGGUUGGUAGAUCGUCGUAAAUAUGUGGUGUCAAACUAACCAUGCUGAGACGUAUUAAUCGGUGUAAGAAUUAGGACAUAAUCGAAAAAUGGUCUCGAUCAUCAAAAAUCAGUUGCUAAAACAUUUGUCGAGGUUCACCAAGAAUUUGUCCGCUGAUAAGAUAAAUUUGAGCACUUUCAAGGGUGAAGGAGAACUGACAAACUUAGAACUCGAUGAAAUAGUCCUCACAGAUUUAUUAGAGCUGCCCUCAUGGUUAAGAUUAACUAAUGCUUGGUGCAAUAAAGUUUCAUUUCGCAUUCAAUGGACCAAACUAAAAAGUGUUCCUAUCUUUUUGAGUUUGGAUGAGGUUCAUAUAGAUGUAGAAACAUGCGAGGAUUUAAGAAGCAUGUCUUCCCCGCAAGGUAUCUCAUCGUAUGCAGGUCCUACCAAAUAUUCUUUUAUACAUAAAGUAAUUGAUGGAAUAACAGUAGCUGUUAAUACUGUAUUGGUUACAUUCAAAAGUCCUGCAUUUAUUGCUUCAGUUCAGAUGAAUCGGAUUAUGGUAGAAUCAAAAUCAGCAACAUGGCAACGUUGUGAUCUCAGAACCACUAGAGUGAAAGAUCCUGAUCGAGGGCAGUUACUUAUCUUUAAAGAGUUAGAAUGGCAAACUGUUAGAAUAGAAGCACAAAGUACUAAGGAUAAAAAUUUGACACCACUUCGUUUAUUGACAAAUCAAGCAAGAUGUCGAAUAAAUAAAAAGAGGAUAUCAGAUUGUUUUGUUAUGGGCUCCAGAUUAGUAAUUAUUCUAGAUGAUCUUUUGUGGGUAUUAACAGAUUCACAAUUGAAAGCUGCACUCCAUUUUCUUGAUUCUUUGGGUGGUCUUAUUGAAAAAGCUACCAUUCUUGAACGAAAAACAAAAGCUGCAAGAAAAUUAGAGGUUUUACCAGAAUAUCAAGCUCAAAUAUCUCAACAAAGCAGAACAAAGAAUCAAUGCAACUCAGCAAUAUCAAAAAUAUUUACAAGAUACGAUGUUGUGGAAACAUCUUACCAUUUUCUUUCACAGCGUAUUGAUCUCCACUUAUGUGAUGAUGCUGGUGGAGGUCGAUCAUUACAUCCUGAGUUAAAGGAUGGUGGUGCAUUACAAAUUUCAUUAGUUAAGUUUCAAGUUGAUUAUUAUCCGUACCAUUUGGCGAUGGCAGAUAGAAAGCAUUGGGCCAAAUACAAAGAGAAUGCCACACCUCAUAGUCAGUGGUUGCAACAAUCAUUAAGUUCGUUUCGAAGUCAGUUCAUGGAUCUCAUAGAUUCUGGUAGAACACAACAUUCUCCUCUAACAAGAAGCCAAGGGAAUGUAACAGCUAGUGGUAUGAAAGGCUCUGGGGAACAUUUGGAGAAGAAUAAUCAAACGCAAAAUCCAAAUACAACACCAUCCGAACAGAAGAAGUCUCAGCAUCCUAGUGGUAAUCCAGUGAAAAAUUAUGUCUUGGAGCAACUUGCUAAACUAAUGACGACGUGCAUUAUUAUCAGGAUCGAUGAUUUUACUUUAUACAAAGUGACAACAACGUCGCGCAAUCCACUACCGAAAGAAUUUAUCACAGCUCAAUCGAGGAAGAAGCAUACACCAGGUGAUCGUGACAGAUUCAGUCUUCCAGAAGAUGUAACGAUAGUUCAUGCUGAGUUUACUUAUUAUUAUUACCCAGGGGAUAUUACUUUUCCAUUGCCACCACCCAAGUUUUAUGUGCAGCUUAAUCCCAUUCAAAUAAACUUUGACGUCUGUUCGUGCCUUUGGUUUAAUUCUUUUGCAUUGAAUCUUCAUCAUUCUCUUAUGGGAAAAAACAAGCAGCUGAGUUCUUCGCGUUUAAUAUAUUUUGAUGUAAAAAUAGAGGCUAUACUUCCAAGAAUAGUUUUCGAAAGUCAGCAGGAGUAUCCAAAUCAAAAGGACAGACCGAAGUCUUUGCAUCUUCAAACUUCUAGGGCAUCUAUAACAAAUGUUCGAUCUACGGAAAGAUCUUCAAGGGCGGACUUGGCGCAGUGCCUGAAUGCGUUUCAAAUGGGGCAGAUGUUCUUUGGCGCAGAAUUUCCCAGUAAAUCAGGAGACUUUCACGUAGUGACGGAUAAAUUUUUGGCACAUUGCGGAGCGACUGAUAAUAUUAGGCAAAUACCGCCCAAUUUUAGUAGCAAUUCUGUGAAUGAAUUACUGCGUCAGCUGAGUAGAGAACUGUUGUGGACCGAGGCCAAGGAUGUAUGGUGUUGUAACUUUGAGCCUGUAUGGGGAGACUUCUUUGGCGCCCGGGCUGUCGGUCAAAAUCGACCCGUACCGUUUCUAGAUGCGUUUCCUUUGACAUUGUGGUGUCACUUUACCCCGGGUACCGCGCCGUCGAUGACGGAAAAAGGCUCGGGUGCCGAUAUCCAUGGAUUGGCGUAUAUAAGCAAUCUGGUUAGCGUACAGAUAAAUCAUUAUCAAUACUUAUUCUUACUCAGAUUGUCGGAGAUACUUUCGGAGAUGGCUACGUACUUGGCCGUAGAUUCAAAUAAGAUCUUGAAAAUCGAGAGCGGUGGAUCGUUGAUCGUAGGCGCGUUGAUACCUCAAGUGGAAGUGACGUUCGUGAUGCCUUCACAUACACCUGGCAAAGAAAACUCCGGCGGCGAUUUGGAGUCCGUUAUGCCUGAUUCGUCCAGCAUAGCGGACGAUUUCAUCGGUUCAUCCGCGGCCUGGCAUCCUAGUACGGUGAGCGCGCGCGUCGAUUUCAGCGCCAAGAGAAUGAACACGAGCAACGACGUGGAGACGCCUCAAAGCGAGGCGUCCUCGAUGUUAUCGAUGGAUUAUUCGCAUUCCGUUCCGACGUCGCAACCGGUCGUCACUUUCAAGCAAAACGGCACGAAGAAGGGCGAUCAGGAGGGUCCAGCUAAUCCUGCCAUGUGGUGCAUUCCCGAGAGUGGCGGAUCGCAAUAUACGGCUGUUGGUACGAGCGACGAGAAGAAACAUACACCUGAAACGCAUAACAAGCACAGCAAGUCGGAUUCGAUCUCGAAUACCCCUUUCAUUCCGAACAACUUUAACGUCAAUCUCUCAUCUAUGAAGAAGGGACUCAGCAACUUGAUGACGUCGAUUGACUCGGCUUUAAAGGCUUCCCCGGAGGAUGGUAGCAGCGACACGAUGUCCAUGAGAAGUGACGUCAGCUCGGAUAGUGAGAAUUACGUUCUGGUAAACCUUCAGGAUCAAGGAAAGAUCGACGCGGUAUUUGGCAUUGAUAGCACGAUUAGAAUUACGGCGGUGGAAGAAGCAACUGAAGUAGUGGAAGAAACACCGGACACACAAAGUGAAAAAUCUAUGGAUAGUGUAUGCAAAAGAAAGGAUAUAGUUUCCAUGGUAACAUUUAAAUUAUCAAAAGUCGAAUUUAUACAACAAUCUUGCGGUUAUUCGUCUGUCAUUAAAAUUCAAGUUUCUAACAUUGACAACGAUGAGUGUUCAUCUAUUCCUUGGGAUGAGUUUCAGGUCAAGAGAAAGACCAAGUUCAGCUCGCGAUCUCGAGGCUGGGUGGAAUUACCGUCCGAUUCAGACUGCAGAUCGCGCAUUAAAUUACGUUUGGAUCAUAGCUUGAAAGAUGCGGAUGACUCUCAUAGACUUUGGAAUGCCAGUCAGAGAAUUACCGACAAUAGUGAUAAGCCAGCGUCUCAGAAUCGCGUUAGAUUACUUGAACAGGACACAUCUCAUACAUCCGGCAUCGAUGUGCAUAAUAAAGAGGGUGUUAUGAAUCUAUUCGAAGACAAAUUAGAAAUGAAAGUGGCUAACGUAGCGAUGGCAUUGUCUAUGAGCUCGGUGACGGGUCUAACGGAUUUGGCAGAGGAUGAAAUCAUACCUAAACCAAUCCCUAUGCAGAUAUACUUGGAAAAUAUAUCGUUACGUUUGAAUGAAGAUCGUCCACCGAAUAACAUAACUUCCCCGGGCCCGAUUCCAAUAGAUUUGAACAUUUCCAAACUUAGGAUAGCGCGGGACAUGAGCGGUGUAUUUCACAUUGAACCAGUUGUAACUACACUAGAGGAGAAUCGUUCCAAUGUGAUGUUAUCGAGUGAUAACAGUCACGCAUUUAAGAAUGUAGAAUGUGAGAAGGAAUUGAAUAUUCUAAGACAAUCUAGUAAACAACUGAAAUUGGAUAACGAGGAAUUGAGACGUCGUAUGGGAGCUCUGGAAAAAUUAUCAGAAGAAAAUGCAAGAUUAAUGCGCGCGAAAGAGGAAUCGGAAAUAAUGAGAUCUCGUUUGAGCGUUGCCGAAGAUAAUAUCGUAAGUCUUCUGGAAGAGAAGAGAAUCUUACACGAAACUAUUUUAGAGCUGCGUAAUCAAAGAUUGGAAGGUUCUGGAGGUAGUAAUAGAGCUUCGUGGUCUAUUAAGAGAUAGCAUACCAGUUGUUUUGAUUGCUCCAAAUGUUGCAGUUCUACAAGUCUUAAUUUUUUUCUUUUUGUGGAAGAUAUUUCUUUUGAUGAACUUAGGAUAUCUCAUGUGAAACAAAAGACUUUAUAUUUCUUUAUAAAUGAAAAGAUUAUAUUUAUGAAAGUUUAACUUA